UCCAUAGCCCCAGCUUUAAUGGCGUGAAGAGAGUAGAAAGGGAGAGUGUAUGUAUAUAAAUUUCUACGGUUCUUAAAAAGUAACCGUAUGUGAUGUGGUCUCCUUCAAUCUUUGCAUGCUUCACCAACUCUUCAAACAAAGAGAAAACCCAAAAAUUAAAUUCAUUUUUCAUAUCACUGAAACUGCAAUUCGUGUAAUUCAUAUUGUUCUUCACUCAAAGAAAACCAACCCCAAUUUUUUCUUUUUUUUUCGAAAUCUGAGCAAAACCCGGACGAUAAGAAGUGCCAUAGCUGAGAUUUUGGUGAAGAAGAAGAAGAAGAAAGAUAGAGGAAACAUGAAGGACGAUGAGGAGUUUGAAAUGUUGUUAGAUGAGAUCCCUCAUGCAACAUCACAUCAUCAUCAUCAUCAUCAUCUGCAAAAAAAACAUGAUGAUAAUAAUAUUCAUCAUCAUGUGAAUGGGUCAUUUCAUGGCAUGUAUGGUCUUAUGUAUGAUGGUACAUCAAGUCAUUAUCAUAAGCAUACAUGUGUUUCUCCUGUAAGCGGUUUCUCUUUACACUCAGAUGGUUCUUCCUCGAGUCUGUUUUCUAAUGAUGGACAGCAGUCUUUGUCUGAAAAUGGAUCACCAACUCCACCGGCAUUAGAGGACCUUAAGCCACACUUGCCUAAUGCACUGCUGAUGGAUUCAGCUGUUAGGAACAAGGGUGGCAGUGAGGGUGGCUUGAUUGGUGAAUUGGGUCUUUGUAGAAACCGUAGUAAAAUGUAUAUUAGCAACGAUCAAGAAAAAGUUGAUCCCAGUUUUAGAGAUUUUGUGGGAAUUCAACCCACUGUUCCAAUGAGUGUUCCAUUGAGUUUUAAUGGUGGGUUUAAUAUGGCAUUUUCCAACGAUGCUUUGGGUUCUCACCAGGGAAUGAGUUGUUUGAAUGGUGCAAUGAGAUCUCCAUGGCAGAAAGGAGAUUCUGUAUUGAAUUUAAGCACUUCUUUGAGUAAACUUUCAGUGAAUGAUGCUUUGGUCCAUGGUUCUCCCAGGUUGAUUCAAGCAACCCCUCGUGUAAGUGUUGAAAAUCUGCUACAUCAUGGGCUACCAUCACCAUCCAAUGGGAUGGUUAGAGCACAUUCUAAUGCUAGAAUCCCACAUGAAGGUCUUGAGGCUUUUGCUACUGAGGAUAGUUUCAUUAUCCAAGGAAAGGGUUUAAAUUACAUGAUCAACAAGGGACUUGAUUGUUGUUCUAGGGAGCAAAACAAAGGUUCUCUGCAGGAGGUUGAUGCGAAUAAGCGUCAAGAAAGAAGGUCAUUGUCGUCACAGCUCGAUGGUUGGUCUCAUAUUGCAGCCGUUUGUGGAAAUGUUACGAAUGCUAAGUUAUAUAGCCAUUUCUCUUUGCCACCAAAGUGUAGCUCUUUGGCAGAAGCUCGCGGAUACGUAUACUUAAUUGCAAAAGACCAACAUGGCUGUAGGUUCUUACAACGGGUAUUCGAUGAGGGUUCCCAACUGGAUGUGCAAAUAAUAUUUAAGGAGAUCAUUGAUCAUGUGGUUGAACUUAUGAUGAACCCUUUUGGGAAUUACCUCAUGCAGAAGUUAUUGGAAGUGUGUAAUGAAGAACAGAGAAUGCAGAUUCUGUUAAUGGUUACUGAAGAACCAGGGCAACUUGUUAGAAUAUCUCUCAACACUCAUGGCACUCGUGUAGUUCAAAAGCUGAUCGAGACUCUCAAAACCAGGCAGCAAAUUUCACUGGUUAUAUCAGCACUUGAGCCUGGAUUUCUAUCUCUCAUCAAGGACCUGAAUGGAAAUCAUGUCGUGCAGCGUUGCUUGCAAUGUCUUAGCAGUGAAGAUAACAAGUUUAUCUUUGUAGCUGCUGCAAAGUAUUGCGUUGAUAUUGCAACUCAUCAGCAUGGCUGUUGCGUUUUGCAACGAUGCAUUAGCCAUUCAACUGGUGAGUAUCGAGAUAAGUUGGUUGAAGAAAUAUCCACCAACGGGCUUUUACUAGCACAGGAUGCAUAUGGAAAUUAUGUUGUUCAGUUUAUCUUGGAGUUAAAAAUCCCAUCUGCCACUUCAACUUUGGUUUCUCAAUUUCAAGGGAACUAUGUACACCUCUCAUCGCAAAAGUUCAGCAGUCAUGUGGUUGAAAAGUGCCUCGUGGUAUUAAAUGAUGAGAGCCGGUCAAGAAUCAUCCGUGAAUUGCUCUCUGCAACACACUUCGAACGGUUGCUACAAGAUCCGCAUGCAAACUAUGUUGUGCAAACUGCUCUCCGUGUUUCUGAGGGACCUCUGCACAACUCUCUCAUUGAAGCAAUCGAGUCCCGUAAGGCAAUCUCGCGCAACAGCCCAUAUUCCAAGAGGAUUUUCUCUCAGAAGCUUCUGAAGAAGUAAUGUAAAUUCUCCUUGUCUAUGCAAGAAGCAAGGUUCUGUUUUUUUUUUUUUUUUUGUCCUACUGGAUUUAACCAUAAAAGGCUCAUCAUUGCCUAUAACUAAAGCAAGAGUUUUUAUCUUCUCAAAGUUCAUGGAAUUGUCUUUCCAUGCACUCUGAAAAGAGUGUAACAAAUAAAGCAAUUUUUGCUUCAAAAAGUUGCUUUAAAUUUUGAACAUUGUAUUAUCCUGUUGUCUUUUGGUUAUCUCUAUGCAUUGCAUAUCAAA